AAACAAACAACAGUCAUCGUGGUAAAUGUGAAUGCUGUGGAGUUUAUGGAGUGACCUCUCAGAAGAAAUUGAACAUUACGAGGAUAUAAUUCUCUGUUUGCUAGCAACAACAUGUCAUUACAAUAUUAAGUUAGCUUGGUAUGAGGCAAACAUGAUGAUUUUGUUAAGGACAGAUCAUGUUAUAGAGUGUCAUCUAUAACAUCUGGUGUUGGCUCCUUAUAAUAAUGCUACCAUCGGUUUAUAAUGGGAUAUGGAGAGCUGCUGUCCACACACUGAGGACAAGAAGAUCCCGGCCUUGCAGAUUCCUGUCCACCUUCGAUGGACCCCCAGCCGGCCUGGCUGAUGCUGACACCAUCUUUGCUUUAUCUUCAGGCCACGGCAGGUGUGGGGUGGCCGUGGUGCGAGUCAGUGGUCCGGACUGUACUACAGCUCUGAGGUGUAUGACCGGGCUCACACGUGGUCUGCCUCCUCCACGCACCGCCCUGUUACGCAGCAUCACAGACCCCAAGUCCAUGGAAGUGCUGGACCGUGGACUUGUCCUCUGGUUCCCAGCUCCUCACAGCUUCACAGGAGAAGACAGCGUGGAGUUCCACAUCCAUGGCGGUCCAGCUGUUAUCACGUCGGUCCUACAGGCUCUAGGAAGCGUGCCUGGCAUGAGGCCUGCUGAAGCCGGAGAGUUCACGCGGAGAGCCUUUCAAGCAGGGAAGCUGGGUUUAACAGAGGUGGAGGGGCUCGGGGAUCUGAUCCAUGCUGAGACGGAGGCCCAGAGGAGACAAGCGCUCAGGCAGAUGUCUGGAGAGCUGGGGCGUCUUUAUCAGGACUGGAGCCGCAGACUCAAACGAUGUCUGGCUCAUGUUGAGGCCUUCAUAGACUUCAGCGAGGAUGAGCUCAUUGAGGACGGGGUCUUAACCCGAGUGGACCGAUCAGUGUGUGAUCUGCAGGCAGAGAUGGAGCGACACCUGAGGGAUGAGAGGAGAGGCGAACGACUGCGCAGCGGAGUCCAGGUGGUGAUCGCAGGAGCCACCAACGCAGGGAAAAGCAGCCUCCUUAACACACUCUGCCAGAGACCUGCAGCCAUCGUGUCUCCCAUCGCUGGCACCACCAGGGACGUCGUAGAGACGGCGCUGGACAUCGGUGGAUUCCCCGUCCUCUUGAGUGACACAGCCGGCCUCAGGGACAGCCUGGACCUGGUGGAGAGGGAGGGGAUCCGCAGAGCUCUGGAACGAGUGGAGCAGGCCGAUCUGACCCUGGUGGUUGUGGACUCUUCUAAUCUCCCUGCUGACACAAAACAAGCUGCAGCCUUCCUUCAGGGACACCUCAGGACCGUCCUGCCCGCCCAGGAGCACCCAGAGACAGAAUCCCCCACAGACCGGUUCCUCCUGGUGCUGAAUAAAGCGGACCUGCUGUCUGAGGAGCAGAGGCAGAAGCUGGACACAGAGCUGAGGCGGGUCUCUGGACUCCCCCCUGUGAGUCUGAUCUCCUGCCACAGCGAUGAAGGACUGCAGGACUUCCUCACAGUGCUGCACGGCAGCGUUAAGACUCUGUGUGGUGACCCUCUGUCUGGUGCCCCCACCCUGACCCAGGCCCGCCACAGAGCCCACCUGCAGCAGUGUUGUGCAGCGCUGGCUCAGUACCAUCAGUACCGUGACACUGACCUCGCUCUGGCAGCAGAGGGGGUCCGGUUGGCUCUCACCAGCCUUGGCCGGAUCACUGGACGGGUCGGGGCGGAGGAGAUCCUGGAUAUCAUCUUCAGAGACUUCUGCAUUGGGAAAUAGACGGAUGAUCUGUAUCAAAAACAAGAAAUACCAGUCGUAUUCCUCUGUUUGUGUCUGUGAGAAGGCGGCAUUCUUGUUUGGUCCCUGAGCAUCCAUCAAGAAGUGGGCCAAAGGCCUCGGCAUGGUGCCAGUCUUCAGACAGAAUGGAGUUCAUGUUCUUGGCUGCAGGAUCAGCCUGCUCCAGAGACACACAAAUGUUUUUCUGUUGAUGCCGUUUAACAGACUGGAAUAGUUUCAGAGUGAUGAAAGGCGUCUCAGAGGCCUCGUGUGCCGGACCAGUGUUUGGUGUAAUUUCAUAAAUAGUGCUUGAAAGCCUUUGAUAGGUGAAGAUUGAGCUCUCGGGACACAACAUAGCAGACAAGAUCAUUUAAACGUGAGCCAGCUGGAGGCAUCUGCAAGGUCAGGGACUCGGUGUGUGGCUGUUUACUGUAAUGCAGGACAAUGUAGGACAAUCUCUGAGGCGGGGGCAUCGCUUCAGUUGAGCUGCACUCAUCCUCAAUCCUCUGACACUUAAAAAGUAACUGUUGUGUAUUUUGCAGAUACUGUAUAUCUCUGCUGUGAAUGCUUGUAUGUGUAGACACAGGCUGUCAUCAGCAAAACACUAACCUUUGAUCAUGAGUCGUUUGCCUGAAGGACUGUUUAGAAUGUGCACGGUUAUUUCAUGAAUAAUAAAAACAUGUCACAUGAA